AUGCUUGUGCCAGCUGCUGCUGCUGCUGCUGCUGCUGCUGCUGCUACUACCACUUCACACAAACUCAAAUGGCUGCAGCAGCAGCAGCUCCGCAGCAGCAGCAGCAGCUGCUGCUCCCUGCAGCAGCAGCAGGUCCAGCCUAUUUCCUCAUCGCGGCGCAGCGUUCAUGCUACUUCCUGCCCACUUGCGCAGCAGCAGCGGCCGCACCUGCAGCAGCAGCAGCAGCAGCAGCAGCAGCAGCAGCAGCAGCAGCAGCAGCAGGAUGCAUGCAUUGAUGCGGCUGCCAGUUCACCCCGGGCCCCCACUUGCCGGCGGCUGCUGCGGCUUAACAAAGGAGUCUUUGGGAAGCAUGAGGCGCUGCUGCUGCUGCGGGAGCUGCAGCAGCAAGUGGAGCAGCAGCACGAGAAGCAGCUGCUGCAGCAGCUGCAGCAGCUGCAGCAGCAGACAGACGCAACAAUGGCUGUCAUCUUCAAGCAGAGGGAGCAGAUACAGAAGCAUCUCGACAAGCAGCAGCAGCAGCAGCAGCAGCAGCAGCAGCAGCAGCAGCAGCAGCAGCAGCAGCAGCAGAGCAGCAGCAGACAUAGUAGGGGAAGGAGUCACCUGGAGGAGCUGAAAUUCGCGCUGCAGCAGCUGGAGAAGCAGCAGCAGCUGGCAGAAGAGAAGCAUCGGCAGCAGCAGCAGCAGCUGCAGCAGCAGGCAAUUGCUGCUGCUGCUGAAGCAGCAAGAGUGCUCUAUAGGGGCUUCCGCGAGCACGGGUCUUUUAGGCCGAAGCCCCUAAACCACUGGAAGCACAGGAGAAAG